UGACCGGGGGACGACGUGUGACUUUCCGUAACAGGAAAAGCCCCAAGUGACAGGUUACUCCCGCAUGGAUAGUUCCAAGUCACCUCGCAGAUCUACAGCUUUCCUCACCAUAUGAAGUGUGCGAUUAUUAUUUUGCAAGAAUGGAUUCAGAUGCCAGAUAGCUAACCAUCAAAGAACAACCAGCUUUCUAUCACUAGGCCACUUCAGCCCGCAGAUACCUCGAUAGCAUAUCAACUAUGUCCGCAACUCUUCCUCCGACGUUCAAACCGACACUCAUCCUCCACGGCGGCGCGGUUGACAUCCAUCGUUCGACUCUUCCACCUCCUCUCUAUGACCAAUUCCAUGCGUCUCUCCUUGCCUACCUCCGCUCGACGUACACACUGCUCAAGAAUGGCGCAACCGCCCUCGACGCAGCAGUACAUGCUGUCUCGCUGAUGGAAGACGACGAGCUGUUCAACUGCGGUCGGGGCAGCGUCUUUACCUCCGCUGGCACUAUCGAGAUGGAAGCCUCCGUCAUGGUGACAUCCAUUCAAGAGGGCUGGGAGAAUAGCAGCGAACCGGGAACGAUAAAAACGCGGCGCGGGCGUUAUCAACGUGAGGAGCAAUUUGCGCCUGACGAGUGGUUCUGGACCCAGAAGCGAUGGGAUGAGCAUAUGAGAGGCCUGAAGGGGAUUAAGGAAGAUAUUACAAUGAGUCAGGGGACUGUGGGAUGCGUCUGUUUGGACCAAUGGGGCAAUCUGGCCGUUGCUACGAGUACGGGGGGUUUGACGAACAAGAAGCCCGGGAGAGUUGGUGAUACACCGACGUUCGGAGCGGGAUUCUGGGCUGAGGCGUGGGAUGUUAAAGUAACUGCUGAAAGUGAGACUGGGACGAUGGUAUAUGGGACAUCAAGUUCAACGGCAACACAUGCAGAAUCAGACCAGUCCGCACAUCUCACCACUUGGGACUUUACUCGCUAUCUGAAAUCGUGCCUGGGAGAUUGUCUUACCUCUUACCUUCGUUAUCUGUCUUCAAGCCGGGAUGUCCCCGCAGACCAAGACUCAGGAUCACAUCGUCCUCGUUCCCCUGAAAAGCAACCCCUUCUGAGCCAUCAACAACCGAGAUAUACCAAACCUCUUACCACCCGUCGUGCCGUCGCCCUCUCAGGAACUGGCAACGGCGACUCUUUCUUACGCGUCGCCGCGGCCCGUACUGCGUCCUCGAUGCUCCGAUUCUCUCCUGCAGGAUCUUUCCCGAGCACGCUCGCUGAGGCAGUCACCGCCAUCGCCGGACAAGGCGGUGAACUGCAGCGCUCCGCAGGUAGACGAUGGGAAAAGACGAGUGAGGACAAGAAUCCUGGUGAUAAGCUAAAGAGAGGAAAUGUCGUUUUCGAUUUCAAUUGUGGGGGGAUGUUUCGGGCCUGGAUCGAAGAAGAUGCAGAUGGAGAAAAGGGAGGGUUAUG